AUUUCAGUACUGAAAUAAUACUUCGUUUGGCUACCCUGCUACAAUUUUACAUUCGAAAACAAAAUACUACAGUUCCGAUAUUCUGUGAUUUGAAUUUGGGACUUUUGAAAGGAAACACUGCCUUUUCCUAAAUAUUUUUUUAUUAUUAAUUUUUGAGUAUUUCAAAAAUUCUAAAGUCGAGAACGACAAAUAACGUAAACAAAUGUUGGCAGUAAAUGAAGGAUAAUAAUUCUAUUAGGUAGGAGGUUAUCAAAAGAAACAUGGAAGAACAUGAAAAAGACCUCGAAGAUGUCCCAGAUAUGAACAAAAAGAAUAGUAUCAUCGAGAGUGGAGAAGCAAUGGAUCAACUCAUUACUAUUGAUGGAGAGGAGAGAAUUACCUCUCAUAAUGAAUUCGAACCAGUACCGCUAACAAAUAACUUGAACGCUGACGAAUUAGAUCCAGAAACUACUGCAAAAUUACGAGGAGAUGCGAUAGGAGACACCUUAUACAGUCAAUCUUUUGUACUGAAAACUUUGCUGAAAUUCGCAGACUUAAAUUGGAACCAACAGUUUGAGGAAGACCUGUGCUUUUUGUGGGAUAUGACUGCAGAGAAGAGUGUAUGUGAAUACUUGUGGGAAUUGUCUUUCCCAUCCGUAGCUUGUAGUGCAGUGGCGAAGUAUACUGAAAACAGAUUCAUUGAAAUCGUGAUUGGAACUCUCGCAAACGUGUUAUGUGUCGGGUGUGACAAAACUAUGACAAAGGAAGAGAUCGGUGUUAUUAUUCAGGAGCUGGACUCCGAUGAUCAUUUGGUUUUAAUACAAGUAAUGCGUUUCAUAUCUUCUGUAGCGUUUUCAUCUUCAGAAACACCAUUCAUAGAUGAGGAGGCCAUGAAUCGAUUGUGUUUUGUGUUGAACAAUUCCAUCAAUACUGAAUUGUUAUUGAAAACGUUGGAAACAACUGCUAAAUUGACAGUUGACUUCAAGUUGGACAAGAAUUUGGUCAAUUCCAGUUUGUACAAUGCUGUUUUGACAGCCUAUUGUACCUUACUCGGCAGUGCCUAUUUGGAGUUAGACACGAAAGAUGGCAUCCUUGCCUGUAGGUACAUGCUGGAAAAUGUAACUAAUAUUUGUGGCUACAUUGAUCGUUUCGAAAAUGCCACACUCAAAUUGGAUAUCACCGGAAACCUUGAUGGGUUCCUGCAAGAAGCUAUAAAGAUUAUUAAAUACCUCAGUCAGGAAGAAAACUUAUUGCCUGUGACUGAUGACACUAUUUUUUUCAUGUCUGCCUUUCAAUAUAUAUUCAUUAACCUCAAUGUGAAUUAUAGUCCAGAAAUUUUUAUAGCAAUUUCUAAGAUCCUGUAUAUUGUAUCGGAGAUAAGAAAUGAUGUUGAGAGACUUUUUGAGUCAACUUUAGAGUUGGAGUGUUUUCUUAUCUCUCGCAGCACAAAGCAAAGAAUUUUCAAAGACUUGAAACUUUUGUCUAAACAUAAGAGAAAAACUGUUCUUGAUGUAGUUUUGGAAAAUGGUCCAAAAUUUCAUUUUGCGUUUGAUUUGAAAGAUUUAAAGGAUGAAGUAACGUGAAGGAUUAUAUAUAAUAAAUUCAUUAUUUUAUAGAAAACUUUGUACCUUGCAUCUAUUUGUUUUUCUGACUUGUCAUAAAUGUAUUUUGUACAUAACAUGAUCAAAUAAAGAUAUUAUCAUCA